CGGCGCGUGCGCAGUGGUGCGCGCGGCCGGGGCAGGGCGGGGGGCUGAGUCACGACACAGCCGGCUCUGGCUCCUCCGGCGGCGGGAUGAGGCGGGUGGCAUCGGCACCGGCGGAGGGCCAUCCCGGGCCUCAGUGAGGCUGCCGAGGCCUUCCUCCCUUCUUCUCCUCCUCCUCCUCCUUUCGACCGCCCGCCGGCACCAUGAUGGAGGAGAUCGACCGCUUCCAGGUGCCCGCCGUUCGCGCAGAGAUGCAGCCGUUGGAUCCAGCGGCCGCCUCCAUCUCGGACAGAGACUGUGAUCCCAGAGAGGGCGAGACCGUAGCCAUGAAUUACAAGCCCUCUCCCCUGCAAGUGAAACUAGAGAAACAGCGAGAGCUGGCUCGGAAGGGGUCCCUGAAAAAUGGCACCAUGGGGAGCCCGGUGAACCAACAACCGAAGAAGACCAACGUCAUGGCUCGGACAAGGCUGGUCGUUCCUAAUAAAGGCUACUCCUCAUUAGAUCAAAGUCCUGAUGAAAAACCAUUGGUGGCGCUGGACACAGACAGUGAUGACGACUUUGACAUGUCCAGAUAUUCCUCCUCGGGAUAUUCUUCAGCUGAGAUCAACCAGGAUUUGAAUAUCCAACUCCUCAAGGACGGCUACCGGUUGGACGAGAUUCCCGACGACGAGGACCUCGACUUGAUUCCGCCCAAGUCCGUCAACCCCACUUGCAUGUGCUGUCAAGCCACCUCUUCCACUGCCUGUCACAUCCAGUAACGGGCGACGCCAGGCCAAGCCGAGGGCGACCGGCGCGUUCCAUUAUAACUGUAAAACUUAACAGCCAUGGCUUCCUCCUAUGGUAGGACCUCUUUGUGUUCAUAGAGUCAGGAGAAACCAAAAAAAAAAAAAAAAGAAGAAGAAAAAAAAGGAAAUUAAGAAUAAUAUUAACCAUUUUAAGAUCCUCUUUUCACUUUUUUUCCCUCCCCAUGUGUUAAAACUGCAGGAAGUGAGCUCUGUACAGAAAAAAAGUCCAUUUAUCUCUUGGGAAUUCAGGGCUGGUUUCAAGAAUCACGUGUUAGGGUUCCAGAGAUGGAUGGAUGGAUUGGCUGAGGAUGCCGUAGGGCAGGGCUAUCCAACCUUGGCAACUUUUUAAGAUCGGUGGACUUCAGCUCCCAGAAUUCCCCAGCCAGCACAUGCUGGCUGGGGAAUUCUGGGAGUUGAAGUCCACCGAUCUUAAAAGUUGCCAAGAUCGGAGUCCCUCUACCUGACAUUCCAGGUGCAAGGAGUCUGAAUGGAGAAGGAAAACAAUCCAUGGCCAGAAAUGAAAGGGAUUUUCUUUUGGGAGAAGAGGAAGCUGAAUAAGAAGGGGAGGAAGAGAGCAAGAACGAAAUACGAGAUUUUAAUUUUUGCUAAAGAGGAACUGGCCAGCAUGAAUCCAUAACCAAAGAUGGAUUGCAAGGGACCAGCAAUGAAACAACGGUGGCCACUAAAACAUGGCGGGGGGUGAAGUGUAGCAGAGAAACAGGGUUCACCCUCCCUUCACCCCAAUAGUUUUUCCUACUCACUGAACCCAAACCCUAACAACACUGAGAAGCAGCAUAGCUCACAGUGGAAAUCUUGGUUUCUUGAACCUUGAAGAACAAAGGAGAAGAUCUGCGUUGGGCUGUUGUCUUCUCCUCCAUUUGCAAAUUAAGAGGUCCUCUAGCUCCUGAGGACCAGGGGUCAAACUGCUGCCCUAAGAUGAUCUUGGAUUGUUGUGCCCACUUUGGGGGGUGUGGGUGGCCUUGGUGCUCUCUAAUCGUGGUGGUUUUCUUGCAGACAUUUCAUGACUCAGCUAGGUAACAUCAUCAGUACUAGUAGUGUUAACCCAGUUUGAGCAUGGAAAAGUCUUUAAGCUCAGAGAGCACCAAGGGUCCCUUCUUAUUUCAACCCUGAGCUACAAAUAUUCUCCUUUAUCCAGGUCCACUGGGUUCAAAAACAGGACUGCGGCUGCCCACAGCCGUUCCUGAGGAGUCCAGAAGGCAACACUCUUUUGUCCCAAGAUCCAGCUGGCCAGACCCAGCACCUGCCUCCCUUCUGGACCCGGGUCUAUGACAAUUCACCACGCUCACUCGCCAUGCUCAACUCGCAGCAGGAGAACUCCCCAUAGCCAGCUGGCCACAUGUUCUGACUCAGCUCCCCAAACACGACAAACCCUCUCUUUCCUUUAUCAGGAGCGCCAGCAGCCCCGGUUAAAAGUUUCUCUCUCACCUCAGGCUAACAAAUCAGUCCGUUGAGGAGAUGAAUAGUUGUCUGCCACAUCUAUUCAUCUCCCCCCUUGCCUUUUAUCCCCAGAUGGGGCUUCACUAGCAGCGGUGGCUCUUCCGUCCUGAGGACCGGCCCAUAGAUUUCCACUGCUCUCCUCUCCUCUGCCUUCUGCGCAUCCACACGUCAGGUACUGGGCCCAGCUGUUCCUCCUCUUUCUCAUCAGCCACAUCCAGACCUGGGGGCUGUUGACUCUCCAUCUGAGGGCCCAGGCUCUGCCUCUGUCUCUCUCUCUCUCUCUGCCAGCUCCAUUCCCUCUUUUCCCCUUGGUUGCCUUGAUGCCAACCUCGGCUCCCACGCCUCCUCCUCCUCCUCCUCCUCCUCCUCCUCUGAUUCGGCUGUUGGAGGGGCCGGCAGCCAAUAGGCCACAGCACCACAGCACUAGAGUUACAUUAAUAUCAAAGAAACGGUGGAAUAAAAUCAUGAAAGAAAGGAUGCCAAAGAGAGGGACAAGAUGAAACGUGAACGACAAAACCUAAAAUAUUUUUCAUUUGUUUAUUUCAAAUAAUUGAACUGAACUGUUAAAUUGUCCUGCGGUGAAUUGGCCGUGGCGAGUUGGCCCGUUCCGUCUGGAGCCAAGAGAGAGGCAGGCUGGGCUUCCAUAGAGACCCCUUGGCCCAAUUCCUGUCCCGUUCUUCGAUGCCAGUUAGCCUGCUCUUCUCAUUUGACAGAUUGGUGCCCUGUUGGCUCAUAGCCGUUGCUUGUAAAUAGGUUGCUUUUGCAGCAUUUGUAAAAAUUACCAGCCAACCAUAGUAACGGAGGAAAAAAUAAUAACCGAAAUGGAAGAUUAUUCUGCUUUGCUAAACUCGGACCGUGCCAAGCUUUGCAACCUAACGGGGAAAAUAUUUAAAUAUAUCAUCAUCAUCUUUUAACAACCCCAUAAUCCUUUAUGGGGUGGAGUCUGGGCAACUGAAUGGAGCCGAGUGUUUGCUGGCCGGAUACUCUUCCUGUCACCACUGCGGAGUUUUAGUUCAGCGGAUGUAUUCUCAAUGUGCCCAGAGAGAGAAAUAUCUGCCUGUACCUAGGAUCGAACUCACAGCCUCCUGAUUGUGAGGUGAGAGCUCCACCUCUAGGCCACCACACCACUCAAAAUAUUUAAAUACAUAUAGACACAAAAACCCAACAUGGCAGAGUGGUUGCCCCUAUCAAAGCCGGAUUUCUUGCUCACCUUCAGGGAAUUCUGCUCCAAGUUGGGUUGAGGAUUUGUCCCCUGGGUCAUCAGCGCUCCCCUCCUGAGCGCAAAUCUGGACCGCUGUCUCCUCCUGCUAAGAGUAUUUAUGUACGUGGAUACUACAUAUCCCAUCCUGGUUUAGCACGUCCACCCGUUGUCCACGGAGAAAGUGAUCCUGGGGUUUUGGGAAGCAGUGUUUCUUCCGUGGUUCCUUUUGAAGAAGAGUAAAGGUAUAAGAGAAAAAUAAGAUAUUUUGGAAACGAGAUACAGGAGAGUGCAGGUUUCUUCUGCUGAGCUGGUCUUUUGAGUUGAGGACCAGCCUGGAAGAACUUCAUGGGACGAGUAAAACCGUAGCAAAGGCUGACCCUUUUAACCGAAUAAACUCUGACACACACACCCCCCAAGUAAAAUGACCUUAUUAGUGAUGAAUCUAGGCCAGAAAAAUUUCCCUUUAAAAAAAAAAAGACUUCCUUAAUUCCUUUGAAAAGCUUCUACCUGGAGAUGAACUCAUCCGUAUUUGAUUUUUCACACAUGAUUUGUUCACACGGAUAACAGUAAUUUAAAAAAAGAAGAAGAAGAACCUUUGCACUGCUUAACGCGAUUCCGGUCACCUUCCUACCUUUGUGUUUCUAGCCAAACGCUUUGUCGGGUUUUGUUCUCCACCAGAAUUUGGGGGAUUGCAAAAGGACUGUGCUUUGAAUUUUACCUUGUUCGUAUUUGUGCCCUAAAGAGAUUAAAUUGGUAAAUAUUAGGGCCCAUUCUUCUUCUCUUGAUCUUAAUCAAUCAGAAUAGAGCUGGAAGGGACCUUAGAGAUCUUCUAGUCCAACCCCCUGCUCAAGCAGGAGAUCCUAUGCCAUUUCAGACAGGAGGUUGUCCAGUCUUUUCUUAAAAACUUCCAGUGAUGAAAUACCCACAAGUUCCGGUGGCAGAUUGUUCCCCUGGCUAAUUGUUCUCACUGUCAGGAAGUUUCUCCUUAACUCCAGGCGGCUUCUCUCCUUCAUUAGUUUCUAUCCACUGCUUCUUGUUCUGCUUCCAGGGGCUUUGGAGAAUAGGUGGACCCCCCACUCUUCUUUGCGGCAGGCCCUCAAAUACUGGAAUAUUGCUGUCAUGUCUCCCUUCAAUGGAUGGAUGGACAGAUGGAUGGAUGGAUGGUGGGAUAAUAGGAUAGAGGGAUGGAAGGAGGAAUGGAUGAUGGGAUGGAUGGACGGAUGGAUGGAUGGAUGAAUGGAUGGGUGGAUGGUGGGAUAAUGAGAUAGAGGGAUGGAAGGAUGAAUGGAUGAUGGGAAGGAGGAAUGGAUGAUGGGAUGGAUGGACGGAUGGAUGGAUGGAUGGUGGGAUAAUGGGAUAGAGGGAUGGAAGGAUGAAUGGAUGAUGGGAUAAUGGGAAGGAGGAAUGGAUGAUGGGAUGCAUGGACAAAUGGAUGGAUGGUGGGAUAAUGGGAUAGAGGGAUGGAAGGAUGAAUGGAUGAUGGGAUAAUGGGAAGGAGGAAUGGAUGAUGGGAUGGAUGGAUGGAUGAUGGGAUAAUGGGAUAGAGGGAUGGAAGAAUGAAUGGAUGAUGGGAUGGAUGGACAGAUGGAUGGAUGGACGGAUGGAUGGAUGGUGGGAUAAUUGGAUAGAGGGAUGGAAGGAUGAAUGGAUGAUGGGAUAAUGGGAAGGAGGAAUGGAUGAUGGGAUGGAUGGAUAGAUGGUGGGAUGGUGGGAUAAUGGGAUGGGAUGGAUGAAAAGAUGGAUGCAGGGAUAGAGAUGAAUGGUGGGAUGAUGGAAUGGAUGGAUGGAUGGAUGGUGAAAUGGUGGGAUGGAUAGAUGGUUGUAGAAGGCAGGGAUAGAUGGGUGGGUGGAUGGAUGGAUGUGCUAUUUUCUCCCUCUUAGGGACCAAUUGAGUGACUGGUCAUCAUUUUAGACUAGGCGGUUUAGGACUCCUCCAUUCCCACUUGAGGGACUCUCUUCUUACUUGACAGGGUUACUCACAAAGGCAAACGUUUGUGGUCCUCCUUGCCUGCUUUCCUGCCGCUCUUCCCUUUCCAAGGAAGGGACCUAAACUCCUGCAGGACAAGACCCUUCUCUGUUGCCUUCAGAAUUUGCAGCAAAUCUGGAAAAAAAAAACCAGAAGUCAUUUUGGAUAUGGCCCAAUCCUGCCAUCUGCUGUGAAAGACCAAGGUCCCUGGGGAAGGGUCUCCUUCCCUCCUUGUCUGAGAUACGCAAGCAAUCCGGUCAAAUGGUAGACAUGUUGGGGAAGAAUGAAAGAUAGCAAGAAAAGUCAAAGGCCUAACUUACUUGUCCGAAGGAAUCUUGGCACCCAUGUCCGGUGGUUAAGGUCUAGAAUUGCAAGCUCUGCUGAAUUGCACACAGCCCUCGUUCCUCAGCUUCUGUUGUGUCUUCUCAAUCUAUACCUGUUCUGCUGAAAGGUUGGCAGCUUCUUCUCUCUGUCUUCAGCAUAUUCUCCUCCUAACCCUUGGAGACACCCUCCCCCAAUAAAACAGCUGCCCCACAGUGAUGAUGUGACCCAGGCCCAAGUAGGCAGUAGGAAACUCAGUCAGGGAAAAAACAAACAAAUCUUAUUCGCACAGCUGAGAAUUACUUCAUUCUCUGCGUAGUUCAACUAAACUAAAGCAAAUUCCUCCCAACACAAAUUCCUCAGUUCUCUCACAAACCUUGAUCUAAUUAGGCAAACUGCCAAAGGCUUUCUUGGCAAACGUUCAGAAGACACUGAUACGAAACAAAUACAAGAAGACGAAGCUAUCAACAUUGUUUUCCGGCAAAGAGCCCAAACGCCGUUGCUGGUCUUUUAAGCGUUAUGGGAGGGGCCAAUCAUCUCUUGGCCCUACUCCCGAGUUGUCUUCUUUGCUUGAGCUGCUCUUACCUUCUGGCAGCUCUUCUCAUGCAUGCACUAGGAACAGGCUCCUCCUGUUCCUCUGCCUCACUACUGUCAGCCUCUGGAGGCUCUGGAGUACGUACAUCACUCCCAGAUGGCCCUAGCCCCACCUCAGCCUCCAACGCAGAACUGUCAUGUGGGCCUUCCCCAGCCUCCAGGACUGGCCCACACUCUUCCUCAGCCUUAUCGCUGUCCAAGUCCGUUGCCAGCUCCGCAGGCUACUGGCGGACCACAACAAGAGAUCCCAAGAGUAUCCCAAAGUGCAUCUCCAGGGAAUUCAGGAGCUAAGAUGGAGGAGGCACGUAUUUACCAACCAAGCACCUUAACAGAAUAACAGAGUUGGAAGGGACCUUGGAGGUCUUCUAGUCCAACCCCCUGCUCAAGCAGGAGAUCCUAUAACAAAGGGUUGUCCAAUCUCUUCUUUAAAACUUCCAACAUUGGAGAACUCAUAAUUUCUGGAGGAUUUCUGGAGGAUUUGCUGAGGUUCUUCUUUGCUUUGUGGGAGAUGACCUCCAUUGCUGCAGAGGGUCUUGGCCUAGAAUCUGUGGCUCCCCCAUAUUCCUUCACCCAUCUCUCCAGCCCCCUCCCUCCUUUGGAAGGAACCAAGUGAGAGAACAUCACUACAGGACUCUUUGUCCCCUUGAAAGCCACUGCAUCUUCAAUUCCUUCAAUGAGGAAUUACAGAAUACAAAAUAACAGAGUUGGAAGGGACCUUGGAGGUCUUCUAAUCCAACCCCCUGCUCAAGCAGGAGACCCUAUAGCACUUUGGACAAAUGGUUGUCCAGUCCCUUCUUGAAAGCCUCCGUGUUUUCUUGCUUGUAAGCACCUUACGACCAACCAAGAGAUUCAGUAAAUGCUAUCCCAUCUUCUCUUUUUAAAAUAAUAGUUGAUUUUCACCCAGGGGGAACCAGAAGAUGAUUCUGCCUCCCAAAACUGCAAGGGGAUAAUUUGGUCUUUGUUCUUGUUUGUUGGAGGGGGCAGGAGACCCCUUUAGAUUUUGCACUGUUCAAACUGCCCCCUCCCCUAUCAGUCCCCCCUCCCCUCAGUAGCUCCAUUAGUUCAAUAAAGUGAUCAGGAGUGCUUCAGUUUGUUUCUUGCUGGGAGAGAGCAGAUACUCUUCCGAGUAACCCCCAACUCUCCGGUUCCUGAAAGUGUGUGCCAUGAGGGUAUGGAAGCAAGAGUCUUCUGCGGAAAACUUAGAAGAAACUUAGUUAGUCUGUUCACUCUUCCUCUUCUAAGUGUCGGUUUAUCAGUGAUGUUAGCUCUCAACCAUCUGUUCUCCAGGAGCAAAAAUAGAUGUAAUGAAAUCCUCUUCCUAUCCUUGAGGGCAGAAGAAGAGAUGAGAUAAGAUGAGGAGGCCCAAAGACUUCUCCACCAGCUGCCUCUUGGGAGGGUUAGUGAAAACCACCUUAUCCAUGUGAGGUGCUGUCUGGGCUUGGUUGUUUUCUUGCAGACGUUUCAUGACCCAGCUAGGUAACAUCAUCCUUGUUAGCAGGGAAUAGGGUUUGUUGAGUGGAGAAGAAGGACCACCAUGAAGUUCUUGGUGCUGUCUGAGCUUGGUUGUUUUCUUGCAGACGUUUCAUGACCCAGCUAGGUAACAUCAUCAGUGCCAGCAAGUGUGGAAUUUGUGCUGUUGUUUUCUUUAAUCCCAGAACACAUCCUUUCCAACAGCCAGCACCCAGGUAAGCAGGGAUUACUUCCAGACAAACAAUCGAACAGAAAACAAUAUUCUAAUCAAGCUACUACCAAACUAUACACCGCUAGUGUAUAUAAACUGGGGUCCUUGGUGCCUCUUGAGCUGGGUGGUGUUCUUGUAAAUGUUUCAUUGCGCAUCUAGCUGACAUCAUCAGUACUAGAAGGGAGUGGGGAUUGUUCUCUAUUUACCCCAAUCAAGGAACUAUCAGUUCAGUAAACAGCCUAACCAAGGAACCACCAAGAAGAAAACAGGAAAAAGGACAAGCCACUAAUAUAUAAAAAGAGAGUAAAUCUCACUCCCUUUUUGCACUGAUGAUGGAACGUAGUUUGGUAAUGAAAUGUCUGUGAGGAAACAAUCAAGCUCAGAGAGCACCAAGGACUCCACAGUUGUCCUCUUCUCCUCCUCUUCCUCCUCCUCCUCCUCCUCACACUUAUGAUGUUACCUAGUUUGGUCAUGAAACACUUGCAGGAAACUGCAAAGUUCAGCGAGCACCAAGGACCCCACAGUCCUCAUGGUCUUCUUCUUCUCCUCCUCCUCCUCCUCCUCCUCCUCCUCCUCCUGAAACUCUCCUGGCUUCUAGCACUGAUUAUAUCACCUAGUUGAGUCAUGAAACGUCUGCAGGAAAACCGCAAAGCCCAGAGAGCACCGGGGGUCCCACCGUUGAACCCCGAGCUACAAAUUCCCUCUUCUAUUGGAGCCUCUUGCCAUGUUUGACUUGUGCGGGCAUGAAACAGACAAAGAAAGGGAAGACGUCAGAGUCUAACAGGGAAGCGUGUAGAUUUGAGGAUAACCAACCUGCUCGUCAAGACACCGGCCGUAUCACUUCCCUCUCAAACUCACUUAUAAAUUGGGAAGGGGAGACUGCUUGUUCUGGCUAAUCCCGCUCCCUUCCCAGUAAAGUUAGCUUUUUGUUUUCUAGCAAAACCCAGUCUUCAUUUUUUGCUUCCCCAGUCUGAGCAACGUAGCACAGUCCUGUCCCCAUCAUGUAGAUGACUGCCUUAAACCAAUCUGUUGGGUUAUUGGGUUUUUUUUUAUUAUUAUUAUUAUUAUUAUAAUUUACCGUCAAGUUUACACAUUAAUUUAUUUUUACAAUGUGGUUUUUGGAAGACAUGUUACAUGUAUAAUAUUUUUUUUUUAACAUUUCCAUUGCAGUAUUUAUCAUUGUUACUGGUUGUGUGUAGUGUUGACAGAAUUAAUAUUAAAAAGCGUACAUAUGA